GCUUCUCCAACUACAAGCACUGCUCCAACAACCACAAGUGCUUCUACAACCACCACAGUCACUCCAACCACUACCAGUGCUUCUCCAACUACAAGCACUGCUCCAACAACCACAAGUGCUUCUACAACCACCACUGCUGCUCCAACCACUACCGGUGCCGCUCCAACUACAUGCACUGCUCCAACCACUACAAGUGCUUCUACAACCACCACUACUGCUCCAACCACUACUGGUGCCGCUCAAACUACAAGCGCUGCUCCAAACUACAAGCACUGCUCCAACACCUACAAGCGUUUCUACAACCACCACUGCUGCUCCAACAAUACCGGUGCUGCUCCAACUACAACCGCUGCUGCAACCAGCACUAGCGCUGCUCAAACUACAAGCGCUGCUCCAACCAGCAUGAGCGCCGCAUCAACUACUAGCACUGCUCCAACCACUACAAGCCACUGCUUCAACCACUACAAUCGCUUCUACAACCACCACUGCUGCUCCAACCAGUACCGGUGCUGCUCCAAGUACAACCAGUGCUUCUCCAACUACAAGCGCUGCUCCAACCACCACAGUUGCGCCAUCAUCUACAAGUGCUUCUCCAACUAA